AUGGGAGACGACCUCUUGGCCGUCGACCUAGGGACAGGCCGCACGGCCAAACAAAUUUCAGCCGGGUUUUCUCACACCUGCUCCUUGCUGGAUGAUCAGUCGGUAAAAUGCUGGGGUUUCAAUUCUUACGGUCAACUUGGGCAGGGCCACACCAACAACAUUGGUGAUCAUUCCGGUGAAAUGGGAGACAACCUCUUGGCCGUCGACCUAGGAACAGGCCGCACGGCCACACAAAUUUCAGCCGGGGGUUCUCACACCUGCGCGUUGCUGGAUGAUCAGUCGGUAAAAUGUUGGGGUUUCAACAUGUACGGUCAACUUGGGCAGGGCGACACCAACAACAUUGGUGAUCAUUCCGGUGAAAUGGGAGACAACCUCUUGGCCGUCGACCUAGGAACAGGCCGCACGGCCACACAAAUUUCAGCCGGGGUUUCUCACACCUGCGCGUUGCUGGAUGAUCAGUCGGUAAAAUGUUGGGGUGCCAAUUAUAACGGUGGACUUGGGCAGGGCCACACCAACGUCAUUGGUGAUCAUUCCGGUGAAAUGGGAGACAACCUCUUGGCCGUCGACCUAGGAACAGGCCGCACGGCCACACAAAUUUCAGUCGGGCAUUCUCACACCUGCGCAUUGCUGGAUGAUCAGUCGGUAAAAUGUUGGGGUCUCAACAUGUACGGUGAACUCGGGCAGGGCCACACCAACAACAUUGGUGAUCAUUCCGGUGAAAUGGGAGACGACCUCUUGGCCGUCGACCUAGGAACAGGCCGCACGGCCAAACAAAUUUCAGCCGGGUUUUCUCACACCUGCGCCUUUCUGGAUGAUCAGUCGGUAAAAUGCUGGGGGGGAAAUGGCCAGGGUCAACUCGGGCAGGGGCAUACUAGCUCGCUUGGCGAUGGCCCGUUUGAGAUGGGGGAGUAUCUUCCUGCAAUUGUUUUCGGUGCCGUUGAUUUAAGCAUCCAAACACAGGCCCGCCUUGUGGACGGCACGAGGACAACAGGCCGCGUGCAGGUUCAAUAUCGAAACUCUUGGCGCGAUGUAUGUGACAAUGAGUGGAGUGACACAAAUGCACAAGUGCUUUGCCGGCAGCUCGGCCUAGCAGGUGGCGUCUCAAGACUUGCCUUGCAAGGAAACAGUGAGUUCGGUAUGGACGAUGUCUCUUGCAUCGGCACAGAAGCGGACUUGGGGCAGUGCGCCUUCAAUGGACAUGCGGCAGGCUUUUUCCAAUACUAUGACGACCUGUGGCGGUACCAUGGCUCCAAUGACUUUUGGGAAAGACUUCGAGAUGGACCUUCACCUAGAGGUGGCCACUCGGCAGUCUGGGACCCUCUUUCCCGCACCAUGUUAGUCUUUGGUGGAAGCUACUACACGACGCAUUAUGAUGACCUUUGGGCAUAUAGCGCGACCAGAGACUCCUGGACCCUUUUGUCUUUGUCUCCAAAGCCACACCGAAGAGCGUAUCACUCGGCUGUUUGGCAUGCUUUCAGGAAAAAUAUGUUGGUUUUUGCCGGGGACAGUGGUGUGACCUUUCAGGACCUAUGGACUCCGAUGGCCCCUCCUGGGCGAUACCCAAGUCCUGGGUCUCGAGAGGAUCACACCACUGUGUGGGAUCCGAGUUCAGGUUUCAUUUAUCUGCUUGCUGGCUUUGGUGGAUCAUACAAGUCUGACUUCUGGAGAUACAAAAGUUUAGACUUGCAAGAGAUUCCCUUCGAAGAGUGCGCCCUGGGCCAGGAAUGCAAUUUGCAGUUCAAGGGUUGGAGUUUUGAAGCAGGCGACAGGCUCCAAGUUCAGGACUUUUUCAACGCCUCUGACGUUUAUUUCUUCAUGACAUUGGAUGGCCAAAAUUUCUCCUUGACACUUGAAAAUGCCACAGAUGGCAACGCAGACGAAUUUGAUGCCGGUGCGUAUUUGGAUGGAGAACCUGGCUUGUAUCGAAUUCGUCAAUGCUCGGAUUCAGCGUGUGGCCAGUGGUCGGAAUUGGGAUUGCUGUUGGUGGUGGGCCCCUUCUCAGGCCAGUCGUUUGUUUGCGAUUUGGGGUCCCAGUGUGUGGUUGCCGGUUUGCAAGGUUCACGGCUCACAAGGGGUGACCAGUUGGUUGCCUUGAAGGAAUGCGGUACAUCGAUCCAAACAUCGACUUUCAAAGCUCAGCCAAUCAACGCAUCCCUGGACGCCCUGACUGAUCUGCUCUUCGAUUUUGGACAUCUGGAGUUGAAUGGCUUGGCGCCGGAAGAAGUGCAACUUUGCUGGUGCCCCGAGGGCUGCAGCGAGCCGGAAGAGUUUCGGGCGUUGGCAAUGGUCCUGUACGUGGUGCGUGGAUAUUCCUGGGACUUACAGGCCAGUGCUUGUUCAGUGUGCCCUGCAUGGCAUUUCAAGAACCACACUGGGCCUGACCUUUGUCAAAGCUGUCCACAGCAAACAAUUUCAAAAGAAGGUGCCAUAGGAGUACAGGAAUGCUUUUGCCCUGCUGGUCAAGUCGACGUUGAUUCCAGUGAGAGCUUCCAUUGUGUCGACGUAUCUACAAUGGGAGAUGCAGUCAGCAAUGUUAUUUUUGCCCGAACAGAAGCACUGAUGUACAGUUUCACAGGUUCAGUGACGUCAUUCAGUGGUUCUUUGGAGUUGGUUCGUUCAGACUUGGUUGACUACUUGGCCUUGAGUCCUAGGGCAUCCCUUCAGCUCACUGACGCCAAUCAGCUUGACUACAAAAUCACAACAUCCGAAGAGGAAGAGGCAGCUGUUCUACAUGCCAAAAUGGACCAAGAUGUUUUUGCUUCCCAGUUUAUGAUUCCGACCGCGGCAUUGACCAGUGAAACCAAAGUGACCAGAAGUUCCACUGUGACCGAGAUGCUGCGUUGUCCAGAUGGUUUGGGGUUUGUGGGUGGCAGUUUGAUUCGGAACCAGUCCGACUGCAAGUGCAUUCAUGGCAUGGAGCCUCUCGGUGAAUCAGGUUUGACUAGCGGUUGUGCUAAAUGUCCACGAGGAAAGUACAAGCCGACGGUUGGGGAUGUAGCUUGUCCCUCAUGUGGCGGACUGACAACGUUGCUGGAAGGAACCAUUUCCAGUUCAGCUUGUACCUGCCCACCCGGAUUCGUCAAUGACGUGGUUGAUGACCCUACGAACUGUCAGCCCUGUGGAAAGGGUUUCUACUGCAGCGGUGGAAAGGACAAGAAAAGUUGCGGGCAAUCUCUUACAACUGCCUUAGAGACCGCUCAAGAUGCAGCAGAAUGCGUUUGUGCCGCAGGAUUUUUUCGAGUUGAAUCCACGUGUGAACCCUGCCCAGCCGGCACGUUCAAAGCGGAUAUCUUCGAUGGUGCUUGCGAACCGUGCCCUGUUGGAAGAUGGAGCAACGAAUCAGCAGCAGCACAAGAAGAUUCGUGCAAUUUCUGCAGUCCAGGUUCCACAACUCGUGAAACUGGAGCUGGAGAUUUGAGUUUCUGUGUCAGGCCACAGCCAGGACAAAUUGUGCAAUGUACAUCUGGCACCACAUGCAGUGUGGAAAUCACGGGCUUCGAGCUGCAAGAUGGUCAUCGCCUUGCCUUGACGGAGUCGAGUUGUGCUGUUGGCAAGGUGGCCGUGUCUGGUGUCGUUGCCCAAGGCAUCUCCAAGCCUGCGACAUAUGGAGGAAGUCGAUAUGUUUGGGGAGACAGUGCCGAUGAAUUUGCCCCACAAGGAGGCUUGUACAACUUGUGUUGGUGUGCUGGAAUGCGAGAGCUCGUUUGCGACAGUCUCAGAAACUAUUUCAUUGUGUCAGCAGGACAGCUUGAAGUCAUAGGCCCUUUGGACGGUCAUGAAUUUGAUUGCGUUCGAGGUCAGGACUGUUCUGGGCUGACGCAUUUUCAGGGACAUGAACUUUCCUCACAGAACCAAGUGGCGCUCCGCAAUGCAUGUGCCGGCCCGAAGCCUCUUUCAGUAUCAUCUUCAAAUCCGAAUGGGCUUGGUAGUCUUGUUGCUUCAGAUGGUGGAUUUUCCCUGUCUUUCGGUGAAGUCUUGCUGGAUGCAGACGAAGUUGGCUAUUCGAUUUGCUGGUGUGGAACGUCCUGCAACAUGGCCUCAGAUUUUGCAGUUCCCGCUGGCCGCUUGCGAGUCUUGGGCCCUUCUGCCAACCAGCAGGCGAAAUGCUUCUUGGGGCACCACUGCAGCUUGCCAGACAUCGAGGGGGUCAGUUUGAUGAUGGACGACAAGAUCAUGCUUCGCACUGAUUGUGACGCCGGCCCCAUGCUGCCGGGAAGUCCGGGCGAUGGCAUUGCUUCCAGGAAUGACCAUGGAGACUUCGAAUUUUCUGGGGAUGCCAUUUUGGAGUCCACAGUUGGCAUUUUCAUCAUGUGCUUCUGUCGGCCCGGAAGGUGUAACAGCGCGUUGGAUUUCAGAGCUUCGGUUGGCUUCUUCACCGUGCAGGGCCCUUUCCACGCAACAAAGGUGUGCCCCCAAGGUCAACCCUGUUCUUGGCCGCUGCUUGGAAUUGGUGUGAAGGCAGGAGAUCGCUUGGUGUUCAGAGACCAUGGCUGCCAAGAACUCAGCAACGACACGAAUUCUUUCCAGAUCUUCAUGGAGCUCCAAGAGCCUGUGCGAGUGAAGGAUGAUGGCGCUGGGCAUGGGCUUCAAGUGGAUUUGGGGGUCAUCCCUUUCGGGGCAAAGCCAGGGCCUGGCGAAUAUCAGGUUUGUUGGUGCCCCGCGGAUUUGCCUUGCGCUUCAGCUACGGACUUUCGUGCUUCUGCUGGAGACCUGCAGAUUCACUGCCCAGCAGGAACUUACUAUGCAGAAAGUUCGGAAGCCUGCGCCAGAUGCCCAAAGAAGUUCUACUGCAUCGGAGGAAGCGCUAAUGAUGCAAAAAAAAUUGCCUGUGGAGUGGGAGAGACUACCCUGCAGUGGAGUUCAGUUUCAAGCGCUUCAUGUGUAUGCAUGCCUGGAUAUGGCUUUGUUGAUGGUCAAUGCACAGAAUGCACACGGGGUUCUUUCAAAAGUUUGACCGCAAAUCAACAGUGCACACCGUGCCCAGAGAACACCACGACAUUUUCUUCAAAAGCGCUUUCCAACAAUUCAUGCGUUGCAGAAGAGAAGUUGGCCUCUGCCACCGGUGAGUCUGAGUUGAAUGAGUCACUGUCCAGCACAUUUGAGGUGCCAGUUGUCACUUUCAGUGUUUCCAUCAUUGCCAACGGUGCUUCCGAGACCCUCAGUGGAACGGUGGCAUCAGCUGUGCGUGGAAUGUUGGGCACGAGUGCCAUCACAACAGUAGAGCUUGCGGACAGCGCCAAACCGUCCACGCGACGCCUGUCAACUCAACAGAUAUUGACUGUCACACUCACAUACAUGACUAUGCAAGAGGCUGAUGCAUCCUCCCAAGAAUUAGAUCUUGUCAUCACAUCAGAUGCCAUUUUGGAAGUCUUACGGAAUGAUGAAGCACUUGACAUCGUAGAUGUGAAGGCAUCCAACGCUUCGGUGUCCCUGCUGCCCUUGACAUGCCCAGAGAAUGCAUUGGUACCACCUGGAGUCAGCGUUCGAGAUGUCGAAGAUUGUGUGUGCAAAAGUGGCUAUGAAUAUAUCCAAGACAGCAAGAGCUGCAGUGCUUGCACACCUGGGCAGUAUAAGAAUACAAUCGGCAACGAAAAUUGCCAGCAGUGUGCAGCUAGGAAAAGCACUUUGAAAGCUGGAAGCACAUCAAUCGCAGAUUGCCUUUGCCAAAAGGGCACCUUUGAAGAGGAAGGCCAAUGUGUUGAUUGCACACCAGGUUUUUUCUGCCCAGGAACAGGAGAACGCCAAGAAUGCCCCCCUAACACGCAAAGCCUGGCCGCUUCUGCCACAACAAGUGACAGUUGUGUUUGUGUAGCGGGGUAUUUUUCAAAUGGCAGCAGUUGUGAGCCAUGUGGCAGAGGAAGGUAUAAAGAAAUUGCUGGGAAUGCAAGUUGCACACAGCUAUGUCCAGCCAAUGCUGACAGCGAUCUUGGUGCUACCUCUUUGCAGAAUUGCUUUUGCAGCAUCAAUCACCACGCAAUACUGGGCGAAAAUGGCUUGGAUCGCUGUGCCAGCUGCGCCUCUUAUGUGGGAUUAGUCUGCCUAGGCGGGUUUGAUGCGAAUUCGAGCAAUGCCGGUGAUCACUUGCAACCGAGAGCAGCCUUCGGAUUUUUCCAAACUGGAAAUGCGGUUGCUACAAAGUGCCGCGUGGUGCUGCCAGAUGGAUCCAGCGCUUGCCGUGGUGGCAACCAAUGUGGAGAAGGAACCGCCGGAAUGCUAUGCGGGGAGUGUCCAGUUGGCUGGGCCAGAUUUGCUGACCUAAGUCCCUGUGAGGCUUGCUGGACAGGAAUUGCGGGUUGGCAGUUGAGCUUUGCAAUUUUGUCCGAACUCAGCAAAAUUGCAGGCUUGAAUUUCCUCCUUGCGUCUCUAGCUGCAAUGGAUUCGGCCAAUGCGAACCUUCCUCUUCAUACAUGCAUGAUCCGUGUCCUCACGCAGUGGGCUACAGCAUGUGCUUUGAUCACCCACUUUAAUAUGGAAAUGAUGGAAACACCAUUCAUGCAAUCCUCCGCAGGUAGUACCGACGACUGUGCUGGACAAAACGUGACGCUGAUUGAAACUGUGCUGGACAGCAUGGAUGUCAGUAGAGACAACACGGAUGUCAGUGAUAUCGUUGCCAAUGUGAGAUUGCAAUGGCCACCAGCAGCGACGCACGCAAUGGCAGUGAUGUUUGACAUUGCGGCUGCCGUGCCCGCAUUUACUUCGGUGAAAUUCUCAGCCCAAUGCCGAGCUUUCGAAAUGUUUGGAACUCGUGAAGCACAAAGGCUUGCACCCGCGAUGUACUACAUCUCUCUGCCACUUCUGACGAUUUUUGCCACACUUGCAGUUUGCGCAAUUGCUGUUUAUGCUGGAGUCCCUCUUGCCCGGCGUUUUGGGGUGCAUUUGAACAAGGUGGCGGAGGACAAGCACAAAAAGAGGAAGGAGAUUGAAGCUCUUUUGGGCUCUUGGAUGAAAACCUUUCCGCUCUCAGAAAUUCCGCUGGACCUGCCGAGAUUCCAUGAUUUGGACGUUUUCCUCACGAUUGUGGACACUCAUGAAAGCUUCGUCAAGGAGCUGUGCCGGAUCAAAAGUACUGCCGACCCCCAGAUUGAAACUCUUCUCGCAGACGUGGAAGUCUCACUGGAAACCUUUCAGUCGUUGCCGCAGACCUUUCUCUUUGCAGAAUUUUCCACAGAGGAGCUGAAGACGGUGUCCUGUUUGCACUCGAGGUUUGUGGACAGCUUGGGAGGAUACGGUCCCAGAUGCCGAAGACAUUUUGUCGAUAAGAGUUGCUGGGCACGUCCCAUGUCCACACUAAACCCCUUUUGA